UCGAAGUACAAGCAGAAAUGUUGAGCAAAUUAAUGUCGUCCUGAACAACGAACAAUCCGCCGAAACUUAGUACGAUCGAGUUGAUUCUAGUCAUGAUCUUCUGAAAUGGUUUCCAUAAAUAAGCUUCUCCUUAGCAAAUCUGUAGGUGCUGUUGUGAUUUUCUGAUAGUUUGUUGAGAUUUCUGCUGGUUUUUGUACAUCAUAGUACAUGAGUUCAUACCUUAAAGGCUUAUUAAACUAACUGUUUCUGAGAAAGACAAUCCCAAGUCCCAGAUCCCAAUGGCGUUUACAAACUCGAAUGAUGAAAUUUGUGAGCCAUCUAAGAAGUUGGCAGAGCAACUGAAAGGGUUGGACCAAGAGCUGAUUGAUAAUGAGAUAUUUGUGUGUGUGCCUGGAUCUGAAUCUGACUUCAUUUUAGGACCAUGUUUUAAGACCAAGAUUCCAUCAGAGGUUUCGUGUUUUUACCCGUUGGCGGAAGGGGAGAGGCUGUUCCACCGCUCGCUUGAGCCUGAUAGGCACAAUAUAGGUAAGACAAUGAGGUCAUGGCCAACUGUGAAUAGAACUUGGAUUGAUUGGGUUGAUCGGGUAGCAAAGGCGAAAGGCAAGGUCUGGAAGGCUGCUGGGAUCUACGAUGCUAUUCAGCUCUCGAAGAUUGAUAUUCCCAUGGACAAGAAUCUGCUUUAUGCCGCGUUGUUCUUUUGGUCAGUCUCGACUAAUUCGUUCCAUUUUAGCGUUGGGAUGAUGAGCCCGACGGUACUAGAUGUAGUUGCAUUGACGGGGUUUAUGCCACACGGGGAGGAAGUCUGUGGCGUUCUCAGCACGCUCGAAUCGAGUGAGGAUUUUGGUAUGAAAAGGAUAAGUAGCGACGAACAGUUUAGCUAUUGCAAAUUCUUGGAUGUCUCGAUGGGUGGUGUUGCAGUGACAGAGGACGAACAUAUCUCGUUUCUCGUUAUGUGGCUCUCGAGAUAUCUGAUCUGCAAUUCUUCUCCGAGCAUGAUGAAAGAAUAUACCAAAUUAGCGUUUGCCCUUUCUGCUGGCAGGAAGCUCGCGUUGGCUCCUAUGGUCUUGUCUAGUCUCUAUCAUGUAUGCAGGGAUAUCGUUAUGAACGAGUUCGAUGGUGGAGGGGGUCCUUUGUGGAUCUUACAGUUUUGGAUACAAUCCUAUUUUCCAGAAUAUGGACCGUUGAUAUCUGAUACUGUUAGUGCUCAAACGUACGGGUUUCCUUUGGCUAAAGGCGUGUUAAGGGCUAAAACGUUCAACCAAUGCUUCACGUUCUUCCUAACGUGCUCGUCUAGAGCUCCUAGUCAGUUCACUCCGUUUUCUUCCGGAACUUAUGGUCCCGAGUGGUUUAAGAGGUCACUCGAUCCCAAAUUUCAUUCGAAAGAGGUGAACGAUAUUUGGGCAAGUUACCUUCUUCCACGUGACCUCCACUAUAGUCUCCUUGUCGAUGGAUCUCCGAAUUGCAAAUGCAAAUGCAAAUGCAAAGUAGAACAUUAUAAUCCGAACCAGUUUGCUCGACAGUUCGGGAUGACACAGGCUGUCCCUCUUCCUCUGUGCCAACCCCCCGCCAAUUCUCGAAGACUAGUGUUUCAGUCGUUGGAUCGUGUUGAGGAGGCCAGUUCGAUGUUUGAUAGGCUAAAGAGGAAGUUCUCUUUUGUUCCCUUUAACGUUAAUCCAAAAUCUACUAUAUUUUUUGAUUCCUGGUGGUCGGCUUAUAUACGUAGUACUCAAACGAGCUCAACCACAAAAAUCAUCAGCAAGGCACCACCGACUAUAGUUAAUCUCAGUUCACAUGCCAUGCGGGCAAGGUACGAACAGUCUGCUGCAGAAUUUGCCAGUAACAAGAAAAUGAAGUGCGAAGGGAAUUCUGCCCCGUUUCUCAAUAGACGAAAAAUCCCACAUAACAAAGCGGGGAAGCCUUCGAUAAAGAAGGGAAACACACAAUCUUUCAAGAAAAUAUCCAAGCCUUCUAUGCAUCGAGAACCACCACCUCAAGGCAAACCUAUAGUCAAAUCUGUUCCCGUGGCCUUGUACUCUAGCAAGCCGUCUGUUGAGACGACUGUAGUUGAAGGGAAAACGGAUAAUGGCAGCUCGGUUUUGGAUGAUGAUACACCCUCCUCCGCCUCAUCCUUCACUUCAGAAGAAGAGGUAGACCGAACCAUGCCUUGCCCAUCGUUAGCCGAGACUGAUGAGAUGCCUAUCGAAUUGUCUAACGUUGAGGACUUUUUUGCGAAAGUGGAAACCCAAAUCAGAAAGGCGCAAUUUCUCAGCUUUUCUGCAUGCCAUUCUCCUCCCAUGGACGAUGAAACAUCGGCUCUAAACACGUCUCCACCCUCAGCAGAAAUGCUGGCAAAAGCAAAAGAUGACAUAUCGAGAUUUCUUCUGAUGCCUUUCCAAGACGUUCUCGCAGCUGAAAACUUCUCGGCUCUAAACGCUGCACUCUCUACAUACACUGCUGCUUCAGAUCUCUCGAUCGACACCACAUUUGCCUUGAAGACACUCAAAACGAGUCUCCCAGACCUCUGCUCCAGUUUUUGUCGAGCAAAGAAGGACCAGGAAGAGUUCUACACGAAAUCUGCCAAGAAAGUGCUUCUGGUCGACGAGCUCAAACGAGGCCAAGAGCUCUACCAUGACCUGAAAGACAAUCACGAUAAGCUCGAUUCCACCAUGGAUUCCAUCAAGAACCAAAUCAAGGAGCUGAAGACAAGCUGGAAGGAGGCAAAACAGCAGAAGAAAGCGAUUCAGACACAGAAACUGAGUUUGGCCAAGGAUUCCUUCACAAAAUGUUCUGCACUAGACGAAAUAGAAUCCGAGCUCCCUGCCAUGGAACAGAAGAAAGAAGUGGCUGAUUCAGAUAUCGCCCGAGUAGAGGCUAGCUGGGCAGACUUCAAACACAAACUAAUGCAGCCGCCACAGCCUUGAAAUCGAUCAUAUGUUUCCAGCAGAAUCGUACAUCCUAAAUGCUCGAUUUUGCAGGUGCCGGAGCAUGCAAGUAUGUUUAGCUGUUUAUUUUCCAGCUUUGAACAGCAUGCAGAUAUAUAUGCAUGUAUAUCCCUUUCAGUAUCUUGGCUUCCAAGAAAGAUGCAUGCAUGCAUGUAAAUCAUACCCCUUUUGUGACAACAUGUGUUUUGAAUCCUAUGUUUGAUCUAUUUAAGGUU